CUAAUCUUGCUUCCUCUAUCCUCCUCGGUUCCUUAUCUAUCUCUCAACUCCCUCUAUCUCUUCUCCAAAUCACCCUGCAGUUAUAUCGAUAGUGUGUGUCAAGAUCCAUACCUCCAUCAUCUUUCAACGACUCAAAUCACAUAAUGAAUUUCAAAAAAAGCUGAGAAUGGUGGGUUGCUCAUCGUAUCGAAACUAAACUCAUCUCGUGAAUCUUAAUUCAUUUCAAUUAGCUUGACUGCUAGUUUCGUCAAUGUGACUCGAACCACACCGAUGCGGCAAUGCCCACCCCAGGGGCGGAGCCAGAGCAGGCCAAGGUGGGUCGGCUGCACCACCUUGGUUUUGCAACACCUCGGCAAGUAAUAGGCUUUUUCAGUUCUGCAGACUUUGUUUUAUGUUCAUAAUUCAUACUUUGUUCUUGGUCGAAGCUUGUAUAAGUAGCUGCUUUGAUCGAAUAACAUAAAAGGAAGCUUGCUUUUGUGUUUGAUCAAUACGUCGACGUUUUAAAAUUACUUUAAUUGACGUGAAAGUGGGCUUACAUGUUACAUAUCACUUUAAGUCUUUACCCUUAUUUUUCUUUGAGCUUGCUACAAAAAAACGAGUUUCUCUCAGGUUUGUGGGCUUAAGUUUAACUUUAGUGGCCCAUUAGCUUCUCUUUACUACACGUUUUUUACAAUAACUCAAUUAAGGUUAGCUUAGUAGUUAGGUCACAUAUGAAGUUGUGGACAUGGGCUAUUAGUGCAUAGGCAACAAUUUGUAGUACGUAGGUUAGUAAGUUAAUUGGGACUUGGGAGUCUAUCUCUUGGAUGUUGCUGAUUUGGGUAGGUUUACUAGAACGGUUUGGCGGUUGUUAGGUUUAAACAUUAGGUUUUUCUAAUUAUAUAAGAUGUAUGUUCCGCGUUAGUUCAAAAUUAAUCAAUCAAAUAAUAAACAAAAAUUUCGACGGAAUUAAUAAAUCAAAUAAUAAAAAAAAGGUUUUUCGACGUCUACAUCGUCUCUUACUUGUCAGUUACAGGCAAAAUCAUUGAACUUGUGGGUGCGAGUUCAUCAAAAGAAAGAUCGUUAAACUCAUUUGGCAAGCCGAGGUCGAGAUUAAACUUUCAUUAAUUUGUUUUGUUCAGCAAUACCCAACAUAUGAGUCAAUGACGUCACUUGCUGCUCAUCGUUCACAGAGACUCGCUCCACUGUUCGAUCCACCUUAGUGAAAUUCCUACCUACGCCCUGGCCCACCCCAUAACUAGUUGUUUGGGACUUGCUUGACCCAGAUUAUGCUCCAACUCCCAAGUGUAGGCCCAACACGUUAGUUGAAAAGUCAGCCCACCUUUGUUGCUCUUUCUUUUUACACCCGCAUGAAAAAGGCUUUUUUUUUUCUCUUCCAAUUUGAUGCUGCAUAAAAAAAAUAAAAAUAAAAUAAAAUACGGUAUAAUCCCAGAAAUUCCACACCUCCACCCGACGCGGCUUUUCCCUCCUUUUUUUAUUAUUAUUAAUUUUUGGGUUGGCGCUUGCCAGACACACAUUAUUCUUUUUCCACCCAAUCAAAAUCCGCCAGCUGGUUUUUACUCGGAGAACUAUGUAUAUAUACAUUCCCCUUCCCCAAUUCCCCUCACCAACGCCAUUUCUGAUUCUCUCAACCAUCUUCACAGACAAAAUUCUCUCAUCCAAUCGACGGCGACAAACCACCGAUUAAUUCAAUUCGAUCCCAUCGGAAAGCGAAUCACCAAUCAGAAGAAGAAGAGGAAGAAACAGAGCAGAGCGGAGCGGAGGAAUUGAAUAUGGGGAACUACGUCUCCUGCACGCUGGCGACUCCGUUGAUCAAGAGCGGGAAGGCGGCGAGGGUGGUUUUCCCCGGCGGCGAGGUGAAACAGUUCCGGGAACCGAUGAUCAGAGCGGCGGAGAUCAUGUUCGAGUGCCCGAAUUUCUUCCUCGCCAACUCCCAGUCGCUCCACAUCGGCCGCCGGUUCUCGCCGCUGCCGGCCGACGAGGAGCUCGAGCUCGGUAACGUCUACCUCACGUUCCCCAUGAGGCGGGCCAGCUCCGUCGUCACCGCCGCCGAUAUGGCGGUGUUGUUCAUGGCGGCGAAUUCGGCCGCCAAGCGGAUCGCCGGGGGAUCGCCGGCGGCUGGAGGAGGAGGAGGAGGCAGGAUCCGGCCGGAGGAGGUGGAGCCGGAGCGGGUGAGCGGCGGCGGAGAAGGGGGGAGGAAGAGCUUGGAGGAGAUGUCGGAGGAGUUGGAGAUUCACGCGGAGUUUAAGCACAGGAUGUCGAUUUGUCGGUCGAUGAAGCCGAGGCUGGAGACGAUUAGGGAAGAGCCGGCGACUGCGGUGCUUUCCAGAUGAACUUCGGUACGGCGGCGGCGGCGGCGAAUUCCGAUCUGAUGUUAUUGUCUUUUUAAAACUAUAACAGAGCAAGAGCUUGAGGAAGGUUCAGGGAUGGUGGGGGGGAGUGAAAAUGAUAUUUGGUUUGUUUUGGGUAGUGAAGUGGAAUUUUUUGAGACUUGGGGGAUUAGAUGUAGAAAGGAAUGGAAGAAAUGUAGAUAGUGAGGGGGAUGGAAAUGGGAUGUAUACAUUGGGAUAUUGAGAUUAUUGUUUUUGUUGAUUGAGAAGAUUCAAUUAAUUCAAAUUAUUAUUUUGAUUUGAUGAUCAUAAUAUUUAUGUGUACAAUUAUAGUGAUAAGUUGUUUGAGCUUUAUCGUGGGUUAUUGUCAAUAUAUUCAUUCUUCUAGUAAAGAAAAAUGCAUGUCUGAACAAAUUAUGAAAUUCAAU